AUGUAUUUGCAGCCUGUGGAGCCCCACGAUGAGGCAUUCUGGGAUCAGUUCUGGUCAGACAGUGUUACCUGUGUCCAGGAUGUGUUCACGCUAAUCCCUGCCGCGGAGAUCCGGGCUCUGAGGGAGGAGUCUCCCUCUAACUUGGCCACGUUAUGCUACAAGGCAGUGGAGAAACUGGUCACAGCUGCAGAGAGUGGAUGCCCUUCAAUGAAAGAGCAAACUACAGUGUUGAACUGUGUGCGUCUGUUGAUCAGAAUAUUACCAUACAUAUUUGAAGACCCCGACUGGCGAGGGUUUUUCUGGUCUACAUUACCAGGUCAGGCUGAAGACAUGGAGAAUGAGAGCGCUCCUCUGGCUCAAUCUCUGAUCAACGCUAUCUGUGAUCUUCUGUUCUGUCCAGAAUUUACAGUGUCAUCAAACAGAAAAACUGGUCCGGACAACCCUGAAGACAUGCAGUCUAUAGACAGCUGUGAGUACAUCUGGGAGUCGGGUGUGGGAUUUGCCCAUUCUCCCGCACACAACGCUUACCAUGAUCAAAACAGGACAGAGAUACUCAAGCUGCUCAUCACGUGCUUCUCAGAGACCAUGUAUCUUCCACCUGUAGCUGAUGCUCACACUCAGCCCAAUCCUUGGAUAGCUUUCUACUCCUCCACUGAAAACAGACAUGCCCUUCCUCUGUUCACCUCCCUGUUAAAUGUGGUGUGUGCAUAUGACCCUGUUGGGUAUGGGGUACCCUACAACCACUUGAUGUUUAACGACUCGCGGGAGCCCUUGGUGGAGGUGGCUCUGCAGGUUCUGUGUGUCACCUUGGAGAACGAGGCAGCCAAUCAGAGCGUGUCCGUAGACGGGACCACAGGGGGAACAGCCAUGGAUCAGAACAGUGAAACUGGAGGACCAGACAACCUGUUUGUUAAUUACCUUUCCAGGAUACACAGAGAGGAGGACUUCCUCUUCAUCCUGAAGGGUAUAACCCGUUUGUUGAACAAUCCACUCACUCAGACCUACCUGCCAGGCUCGUGUAAAAAAGUACAGUUUUUUCAGGAACUUCUUGUACUCUUCUGGAAGAUGUGUGACAUUAACAAGAAAUUCAUGUUCUACGUGCUGAAGAGUAGUGAUGUUCUGGACAUUCUGGUUCCCAUUCUCUACUUCCUCAAUGAUGCUAGAGCUGACCAGUCCCGUGUUGGUCUGAUGCACAUUGGGGUGUUCAUCUUGCUGCUGCUCAGUGGAGAGCGUAACUUUGGGGUGAGGUUGAACAAGCCGUACAGCGUCAGAGUUCCCAUGGAUAUCCCAGUCUUCACUGGCACUCAUGCAGACUUCCUGAUUAUCGUAUUCCACAAGAUCAUCACAACAGGUCACCAGCGUCUCCAACCUCUCUUUGACUGUCUCCUCACAAUCAUUGUCAACAUUUCCCCAUACUUGAAGACUCUUUCUAUGGUUGCCAGUACCAAGCUGCUCCAUCUCUUUGAAGCAUUCAGUACUCCAUGGUUUCUUUAUGCCAGCCCCACCAACCAUCACCUGGUCUUCUUCUUACUGGAGGUCUUCAACAACAUCAUACAGUAUCAGUUUGAUGGUAACUCCAACUUGGUGUACACUAUUAUCAGGAAGAGGAACGUGUUCCAUCAGCUGGCUAAUCUGCCGUCUGACCACUCGUCCAUAGCUAAGGCCCUUACCAAGCGUGGUAAGAAACUAGUCCAGCCCCAGAAUGACUCCAAGGAGCCUCAGACAAUGGAGGGGGCCAUUCCCGCUACAGAAGCCGAGCCAGGCACACUCAAAACUACACUGGCAGCUACCCCACGCCUAGAGAAGAUGACAGAGACCUCAGCCCCUGAUGAAGGUCACAAGCAGCCCACGCUCAAGGAACUGGCCUCAGCGGCUUCCAUGACCAGUGGUGUCCAGCCCUUGGGGGAGACCAGUGAGCAGAUAGGAGGUGGGGACGCUGGUCCAGCAGACACAGAACAGGGCAGGGCUAACAUUCACAAGAUGAAGAGCUUGCCUACUCCCCCCUCGAGUCCGGGCUCAUCCACUUCAGAGACCAGUCAUCAGAGACAAGCGAGAAGAUCUGGGUCGGUCACAUCUGCACCUGGGGGAAGCUGGGUCGCUACUCCAGACUGGGUUCACUCAUGGAAGCAGAAGUUACCAUUACAGACAAUCAUGAGGAUGUUACAGGUGUUGGUUCCUCAGGUGGAGAAGAUCUGUAUUGACAAGGGCCUGACAGACGAGAGUGAGAUCCUUAAGUUCCUGCAGCACGGCACCUUGGUGGGCUUGCUGCCUGUGCCCCACCCUAUCCUGAUCAGGAAGUACCAGGCUAACAGCGGCACCACCAUGUGGUUCAGAACCUACAUGUGGGGAGUGAUAUAUCUCAGAAAUGUUGACCCACCAAUUUGGUAUGACACAGAUGUGAAGUUGUUUGAAAUUCAGCGAGUGUAAAGCAGACAGACACAAGAUUUCAAUACUUUCUGUUGAUGUGGUAUAUGUAUAAAUAACUGUAAGAAUAUGAAUAGAAGUAUUAAUCUGUGUCAGUUUUUAAGAAUGAGUGGGAAAUAUAAUAGGUGGUUUUAGUCAUUUUUUUAUUCAAUUCAGAUCUGCAGCAUUUUACUGAUGUUUGUUGAAUUACAGAAAUAACCUCAGAGGAUACAGCAUGAAAAGGUCCCACAGCUUCAGACAAUAUCUCAGUUUGCCAUCUGCAUAUAUUACACGUAUAUAAUUAUAGAAUCUAUAAAUAUAUACACUAAUAUGUGUACGGACUUGCCUUGAAUCUCUAUACAUCUAUACAUGUGUGAUUUAAUUAAUUUCGUGCUCGGUUUCUGUAAAGAGCGGCACUUUAUUGCAAUAUAGCAUGGUAUCCCUUUGUGUUGCCAUUUCCAAACUGAGCUUACAAGGUCGGAAAAAUUAGAGUGGCAGUCUAAAUUUGAAAUGUGAAAAUAUCAGAUAUACUGUGUUGUUAGUUAUGAAUGAAAAGCUGAAAUUGUUUAUAAAGAAAGGAAAAAUGAUGACUGUAAAAAAAUUGUUGUGCUGGUUACUAUUUCGUUUUGUGACGAAACUGUCCAAACUUUUUUGGAAAUUAUGUUCUUGAAGCAGAUUACGAAAUACUCAUUAAUAUGAAGUUGCUUGUGUUGUGAGAAUUCUCUACUGGACAUUUUGAACAAAAAUUCAAACUGAAGAUAAGUAUGUGAAAGUGUUUUAAUAUAACCCUAUGUUAGUGUACUUGUGUAAAAAUACACGUAUUCUUUCAUUGUGAGUGUGACAAGACGGUAGAUACGUAUUCACGUUUCUGGGAUUUAUGUUAUGGUAAACACAAAAUACUAAAAUGUUACUUCACUGUGUAUGUACAGGUAUGGUUAAUGUGCAAUAAAAUGUUAUGAAGUUAUGCGAUUUAUAGAUGUAAUGCAACUACUGGUAUAUGUAAGUGGAAUAAUGAAAAGGUGAAACAUAAAAAGAUGUGAUAACUUUACACAAUUAAAACCAGUCUUUAUAAAAUGUGGGAUAUAUACAUACAGGAAUGUGUGGAUCAUCAUUCAGUGGAAAAAUGGUGUUGGUUUUCCACGAAGAUCAACAUACAUACAUCCUAUUCAAUGAGAUAUUUGGGGGGGGGGGGGGG